AUGGUAGUUGUACGAGGCGCUGCGUCUAUAGACUCCACGAUUUUUGCAGAAACCACACUAAAGAAGACUCGACUGGAGACUGCGGGGACGCCCGAACCCCCCAGGAAAUCGCCAUCGGGUCCUCUCACCGGUCGCCAACCGGCACGAUGGAAGCCAUCCCUGGAUUUUUCGCUAGGUUCAAUUUGUGGUGGGCAGUGCUGCGGAAGGGGUCGAGAAACAAAUACACAGCUUGUCCUCAAGAAAACCGCAACGCUGCGUGUAUUAAGCGCCACCAGGCCUAUCACAGAUCUGUUAUUGGCAACGAAGAGGACGCUUCAAGAGCAUUUGACGGCGCUUUCUUAUCAAUCGCAGAACAAAACAGCACUUUUUUUUACGCAGUUGUACCGAAGUCACGCAACGCGAACCCAUGCGUCUCUUAGUGCCCUUUAUGACGACAUAAGAACUUUAUUAAAGCCAGGUACAGAAGACGGCAGUAGUGGAGAUGAUUUAAGCUCAAUACCUCCUAAAGAUAUGUCAGUGAGCUCAAAGAAAUUCUUUCAAGAAGUGUUCCCUGUUGCUUACCAAAACGUGCUCAGAUUAGAUACAAAACAAUUCACCCCAGAAUACGAAGCUUGCCUAAAAGACGCGUACGACGCUGUUCAACCUUUUGGAGAAGUACCACAGCAGCUAGGGGCAUCAUUGUCACGGUCAUUGGAAGCGGCACGUGCGCUGCUUCAAGUACUGGCGGUGGGGGCGGGCGCGCUUGCAGCGAGCGAGCAAGUGCUCUCUAAAUCUAUCGAAGAGUGCUCUGCUAAACUGCUACGGUUGGGCGGCUGUUCUCGUUGCAAGGGUCACGAUGUCAGCCCGUGCAGGAACUACUGCCUGAACAUCGCUAGAGGGUGCAUAGGUUCAUUAGUGGUUGAACUGGACGCACCUUGGGCCGGUUACGUUGAGGGUGUGGAGCGGCUGGCGAGGGCUGACGCUGAUGCUGCACUGAGAGCCCUUGACGCAAGAGUUUCAGAAGCCAUCAUGCACGCGUUAGAAAACCACGUGAUAUUGGAGAAAAAGGUUCGACAAGAAUGUGGUCCACCUUCCACAUUAGAUAUUCCCAACUUGACUUCCCCACGACCGACUCCCGGUGCGACGAGGAGAGAUGCUCUCCGUGCUCCUCCACCAGAUACGGAACUGCUCCAGUUCGCGGCAACCCUUGCCGACAGCAAGAAAUUAUUCAGUGGUAUAUCUGAUCGACUGUGCGAUGAACCUGACUUUGCGAAUGAAGGAAAUGAUCGUUGCUGGAAUGGAGAAACAAUUGGAGAGUACACGAAAGCCCUCGUCGCCUCGGCGUCGCUAAGUGACCAAAAAUAUAAUCCAGAGAUAACGGCGACCUCUAUUCAAGACUCAAGAGUGGCGGCUCUAGGCGACAGGUUGCGACAAGCUAGACAGUUGCUAGUAUCCCAUUCUUGGGGAUCGACUCCAGCAGCCGAGGCUUUCAUGCAAGGAGAUGAAGCAGGUGAUGAAGGAUCAGGAUCAGGCAGAAGUUACACUGAUGAUGACGCAGCUUAUGACGCAGAAGGCUCUGGCGAGGAAGGCUCUGGAGUAGAAGGCUUAGGAAGCAGAGCGUAUGAAGAGACGACAUAUUCAUCACCACCAAAAACGAGUUCCGCUACAGCAUUCAGGCCAUUCAUAACCCUCAUCGGUCUUGCGAUGAUCAGCGCUAACCUCCAUUUCACCUAA